GUCGAGGUUCCUCUUUUCUCCAAAGUCACCUUCCAUCAUGUCGGUCUGGUCAUAUCCGCCGUCUUUGCCCUGAUUUCAGUCAUUGUCGCCUUCUUCCUCAUUUUCAAGCACGCGACCCAUUACUCAAAGCCAUGGGAACAGAAACACAUCAUUCGCAUUCUCCUCAUGAUCCCCAUCUACUCGACCGUCUCCUUCCUCUCCUACCUCUACUACAAACACUCCAUUUACUUUGAAGUCCUCCGCGACUGUUACGAAGCUUUCGCCAUUGCCUCCUUCUUUACACUCCUCUGCAACUACAUCGCCCCGAACCUGCACGAGCAANAGGAUUACUUCCGUCAAGUCAAACCUAUAAACUGGUUUUGGGGCGUCUUCGGUCUACAAAAAUGCACUGGUGGANAAGAGAAGGGCCCCUUGCGCAUACCGAGGAGCGGCUUGACUUGGUUCAAUGCUUUGGAUCGCUACUGCGAAGCUUCGCUGCACCCAGCAUUUGCUCAUAUUUGGGUUAUGGUCUUUGAAGGUGCCUCAGUCACUGUCGCCAUGUUUAUGCUGAUUCAAUUCUAUCUACAAUUGAAAGAGGAUCUCGCUGAACACCGCCCUUUCUUGAAGGUCUUGUGCAUCAAGCUGGUCAUCUUCUUCAGUUUCUGGCAAUCCCUUCUCAUAUCAUUCCUCUCCUCGUCCAAUGGGCCUUUGCAGCCUACAAAGCAAAUCUCGUAUCCGGACAUCAAGGUUGGCAUUCCAUCAAUGCUUCUGUGUGUCGAAAUGGCUAUAUUCGCUGUAAUGCAUCUCUUUGCUUUCCCAUGGCGCGAGUAUGACCUCUCAAAGACUCCUUACGCAGAUCCUGUCACAGCUCCUGGUUCUGGUUUCUCUGGCACUGCGCCCAAAUACCAUGGCGGAUGGAUGGGCAUCAAAGCCUAUGGAGACACAUUCAACCCAUGGGAUCUUAUCAAGGCAACCGCCAGAGGCUUCAGAUGGCUCUUCGUACGCCGCAAGCACAGACACCACGACGUCUCAUACACGACGCCAAAGAUUGGUGUCAAUAUUGACGAACCAGCAACGUCGAUACCUGGUCCUAAUGUUACCACACACACUUUGCCGUCAGCGACCGAGCUUGAGCACCAGAGGCGUGCCAGAGCGGAUACAGUCGACGACGCUGAUACAGCCGGACUGUUGUCUAACGCCCAGCAGAAUGGACUGGCAGCUCGUCCAUACCCAUACUCUCCUUCGCACUCGCCGAUAAGAAACGCUUCGUAUGACGAUCGUUCAGAUCAUGGAGAGGCCGAGGCACCAGAUGCUGACAUGAGUCUUAUGGGAGGAUCGCGAGCACAGGUACCUCAGCCAAGUGCGUUUGGUGGGGAUGAUGCACCGCGGCUAGGCCUAAACCGAUGGGAUAGUGAUACCGAAUAUCACAGCACGACAGGGCCAAACAUGGGUUCAUAUGCUGGAGUUGAUGGUCAUGCUGAAUCCUCGGCGAACCAAUGGGAUCACUGGGCUGGUGCAAACAGGCAUCAA